GGUUUAAAUGUGUUUUUAUCUAAAUAAUAUUUGUAAAACUCCUUAAGAGGAUUGUUUAGUAUCAUAAUGUCCAGAAUCAGGUAAGCGUCACGACGUUAUCAAUCUGGCACUUUCGACACCAUUAUCAGUUGGCUAAUAGAAUGGCUUCAUUGUCAUUAAACUUCAGCACAAAGACAUCAGAGCAUUACCAACAUCAUUGGACAAAAAUAGUGUUUAAGAAAAUAUGGUAAAUAUAGACGAAGUAAGGUGUACGGUUUUCCCUGGAGGUAAGUAUGGCUAAUAUAUGAGUAUUAAAUAUGUUGCCCGCAUAUAAUAUAUGAGUAUUAAAUAUGUUGCCCGCAUAUAAAGUAUGGUUAACAUAUGAGUAUUAGAUAUGAACACCCGUGCGAUGAAAACAAAAGUGAAUGAUUUCCGUGGAUAUGUAAGGAACGGAAGAUAUUGUUUUCUCGUAUUUGUCUUGGAACCGGAAAUGACACGCUAUUCAAUUUCGCAAUAAAAGCAGUGUUGUACGUCACGCACUCUCACGCAGUAGACCGACACGUCACCGCGAUGCGGGGUUGUGUAGGUCUAAAACACUAAAGUAUGCAAAUUAUAUAAUUUUUUUUUUUUAAAUUAAUUAAUUAUACUUAUUUGGUCAUAUCUCCUUUUGCAGGUUGUUACCCACGCGGCACCUUUUCAGUGCCAUUGAAUUCGAUCAUUUAUCCGUGUUUUGUUUUUUGUUUUUUUAACGGCGUGGCGUCUUUUUGUUACGUUGCAGACACCAAACGUCACGUCACCUUAUGCGAAGACCUUUACUUUGAAACGCCCGCAGCGGCGGCUCAGCCUUUAAAGUGCGGCUGCUUGCUCGCCCUCCCCUGCAUUAGUGCUGCAGCUGCGCGCGCACACACACAGGCUCUCAGGUCGGCGGUGGAUCUCCUGGAUCUAGUGGAUUUGCUCCUUUUUUUUUUUUCUUUUUUUUUUCCACGCGCAAGGGAUCGCCUUUCGGGUGAUAACGCGCCGGAUUGGACGCAUUUAGUGACGAUGCGCUGAGGAGAAAAAGCGCGCCGCGUCGUGGGCUGUGAUCAUCCCUGAGAGCCGCAGUGAAGGCGACGAAUCAGCAUCAGGGAGACCCGCUUGGAAAGGGGGGGAAUCUCGACCCUCCACGGGGGGUGAUAGGUGGAGAGAGAAAAAAAAAAAAAGAGAGAGAGAGAGAGAAGAAAUCUAAAUUAUGGCCACCUUACUGCGGAAGAUCGGUCUGAUCCGCCUGCACGACCGAGACACGGAGGACCCCAAGCACCACCAAGGCUCCUUGAAGGGCAGCAAAGGGAGCCAGAAGAGCAACAAACUCUGCCAGACCGCCAACGAGAGCAACAUCCUCAGCACGCCGGAGAUCAAAGCGAGGAAGCUGGACCAGAACGCCAAGGACAGGGACAAGGAGAAGGAGAAGGAGAAGGCCAGCAAGGAUGCGAGCAAGGAGAGGCAGCAGCCGCAGCAGACCGGAGGAGGUGGGAAUAAAAGCACCGGAGCCUCCUCCGUCCCCGCAGCGGCGCCGGCGCCGCACCGGCAACACUGCAGCCAAGUGCGCACUCGGCGGCUGAUGAAGGAGCUGCAGGAGAUCCGCCGGCUGGGGGACAACUUCAUCACCGUGGAGCUGGUGGAGGACAACCUGUACGACUGGAACGUCAAGCUGCACCAGGUGGACAAGGACUCUGCGCUGUGGCAGGACAUGAAGGAGACGAGCACCGACUUCAUCCUGCUCAACGUCACCUUCCCCGACAACUUCCCCUUCUCGCCGCCCUUCAUGCGCGUGCUGACGCCGCGCCUGGAGAACGGCUACGUGCUGGACGGCGGCGCCAUCUGCAUGGAGCUGCUGACCCCCCGCGGAUGGUCCAGCGCCUACACGGUGGAGGCGGUCAUGAGGCAGUUCGCCGCCAGCCUCGUCAAAGGACAGGGACGUAUAUGUCGGAAAGCCGGCAAGUCCAAGAAGGCGUUCAGCCGCAAAGAAGCCGAGGCCACCUUCAAGUCCCUGGUGAAGACCCACGAGAAGUACGGCUGGGUGUCUCCGCCCGUGUCGGACGGCUGAGCGCCACCUCCGCCCGGGCGGGCCUCCACACACACACCACGCUAACUCCACCACCUUUUUCUUCUUCUGCUCUCGCUUUCUUUGGAGCUUUUUUUUUUCUGUUUCCUUCACCAUCAGGAAGUGACUUUGUGUUGCCCUCGCUCUCACCCUGGGAGGCUCCUCCCCCGUUUUAGGAGCGGCCUGAGAGGGAGUGUGCACUCGUCUCCCUCGCCAUCUUUCCUCAUCGCCUCAUUUGCAUAGAAAUGAAGCUGUUAAUGUUUCAUCUUUGUCCUCACCUUGGAUGCAACAUGAAGAUUGUACAUGGCGCUCGCUCGCCCACACACACUCUCUCUCUCUCUCUUUUUGUCUCUUCGUGGCUAAAUUUAGCGCGCCGGCGUAGAUCUGUAUGAUUUGUAAAGAGGAGGAAGAAAAGCAGUCACGUGUUGCAUUAUGCAGAGACUUUGUGUCGCGUGUAGAAUCAUCUCUUUGUGUAAGUGUGUGUGUGUGUGUGAGACAUGUAGAUGAAGGCCAAGUGUGUGUGUGUGUGUGUGUGUGAGACAUGUAGAUGAAGGCCAAGUGUGUGUGUGUGUGUGUGUGUGUGUGUGAGACAUGUAGAUGAAGGCCAAGUGUGUGUGUGUGUGUGUGUGUGAGACAUGUAGAUGAAGGCCAAGUGUGUGUGUGUGUGUGUGUGUGAGACAUGUAGAUGAAGGCCAAGUGUGUGUGUGUGUGUGUGUGUGAGACAUGUAGAUGAAGGCCAAGUGUGUGUGUGUGUGUGUGUGUGAGACAUGUAGAUGAAGGCCGAGUGUGUGUGUGAAGAGGGGGCGUGGCCCUUUAAAAAGGGAGAAUGAGAGUCCUGCCAACACCGGGUGUGUAAAACUACCAAAGUGCAGCCAAAUGGGCGGAGCUGGUGCGCACACCUUUCCCUGCGCCCGCAUGGCUUGACGGGAGAUCGCCAUUUUCACGUGAAUGUAGGCUCCAGCGCACCACAUGA